UGGGGAGUUCAAUACCAGGUCGGACGGGUGUCUCAGGACCACAGUCUAAGGAGGUCCACCGAUCUCUGUCAGAGCAGAAGAAGUGAAACGGGCAUCAUCAGCUAAUGUGAUUGCACAUUGUGUGGGGAAGAGCUGCAGACCAAUUAAUGAACUGUUUGCACAGAAAUCAACAGCGCUAGCCCUUCUGACUCCAGACUCUACUUUGUGCCUGCCCUCAACUCCACCACCCCAGCCACUCGGGAGGUCUUUCUUUUGCUCUCGGACAUUGAGAAAACAAGGGAGGGGUGUGUGACGCUGGCUCAGGUGCUGCCGACCGGUUCUUCGAAAGGCUUUGGGUGGUACAUCCAGCCAGGGGGUUGUUACUUCAGUGGAAUCAGCUGUCUGGUUUAGCCACAACUGCCAAAGGGUACGAAUACCAGGGGGGGUUAGAAACCCAGAGGCUUGCAAGAGGUAGUAGGAAUUUCUACCAGGCAUAACCUAACAAAUAAUUCCAAACAAACACUAGAAAGUCGUUAGGACACAAAAGGUUCGAAUCAGAAAGAAUAAUCUAGCUAGUCAUUGGACUCCUGAACUGACACUGUGGGAACAUUGACAAGAGGUCUGAGCUGGGUCAGGUAAAAGUGACUGUAUUAUAUUACUGGAUUGAAACGCUGGCAGUUUGGGUUUGCAAGUUCAUUUAGCUUCUUCUGACUCCCUUUGAAGGGACCUAUUUCAGGAGUCAACGUCGGUUCCUUUAAAUCCUUUCUGAAUUCCAUAUUAAUACACUUCAAUAUGGCUGCAAGUAACCAUUUUAUUCCUGUGGAAAUCACCUACAAAAAUAUGAGGUUUCUUAUGGGCCAAAAUCCAAGCCAUGCCUUCUUUGACAGGUUCAUAGAGGAGCUUAAGAAGAAUGGAGUUACCACCCUAGUUAGGGUUUGUGAAGCGACAUACAACUCCGCUAUGCUGGAGAGAGAAGGCAUUCAGGUUCUGGAUUGGCUCUUUGAUGAUGGUGCAGCACCACCCAGCCAGAUUGUUGAGCAAUGGUUACAUCUCGUCAAAAUGAAUUUCCAUGAAAAUCCUGAGAGUUGUAUUGCCGUGCACUGCGGGACAGGUCUCGGGCGAGCCCCGGUGCUGGUUGCCAUAGCCUUGAUGGAAAAGGGAAUGAAAUGCGAGAAGGCCGUGCAGUUCAUAAGGCAAAAGCGACGUGGAGCUUUUAACAGUAAGCAGCUUUUGUAUUUGGAGAAUUAUCAGCCUAAAAAGUGUGUGCGCUUUAGAAACAGCUGUUUCUUUCCGUAGAAGGCAGAGAUGCCUGACUGCUAUCGCUUGAGAAAUGAAAGCUGGAACAUGACCUAAUUCUUCUACAUUGUAGCCAAUAUUCAAAGUUGCUCAAAAUGAAUGCUAAUGGGAGCGCUGAGAAGCACAUUUAAUAGCCCACCCACGCUUGCCAAACUGAGUGUCAUCCUUUAACUUUCUUGUGACACUAUGUGAAAGAUCCUGACUUUUCAAUAGCAGCAAGUGUUUUCCCUUUUAUCAAUAGUAGCCUACAAAUACAUAAGAAAGUUAGAGAAAUUGGGUGUGGAAAUCCCCAGCUCAAUACCAAUAUGUGUUUAGCGUAAUAUAGACCUUAGGUGGCUUUUUCCUUGUCAUAUCAAUCAUUGAGAACAGGGACUAUAUGAACACCUGUUCACUUCAUGUGUAUAAUACCACAUAACAUUUAAACUAGUAUAUGGCAGGAUUUUCACAAUCAUUGAUUUUCCUGGAAUUGAAAAGUCUUAGGUGAUUAACUUGCUCCUCUGAAGGUCAUUUUUGCCUUAUAAAAAACCUUCCAGUUUGAAGAAUCACAAGCCUGGGACUGAUGGUUCAGUUGGACAGAAGAAGUUGUCUUUAAAGUUUUCAACAAAAAGAUGUUGCAGUUGAAGUUUGUGCUUUGGGGUGCAUCUUCAUGGAAAAGACUUGAGAAAAGAAAAGAAUGAAGGGGCUAUUAGCUAUUUCUAUUACAAUAUGUUUUUCUUUCUUAUAUGGGACAUACUUUCAUGAGCCUAUUGUUUUAAGUAAAGUUUUUUUGAUGUAGGUGUAGCUUUCUUAUGGUAGCUGAAAUAAUUCUUAGUAAUCAUUUUAAUGAAAAUGCUGUAAUGUUUUGUUCCGUACCCAUGAGAAGUUUAAAUGACUGUAAACUAAGUAAAUGUUAACUUAGUUCUGAUAUGAUGAACAGAUGGUAAACAACUUUUAAUAAGGUUAUAGGGAUAAGAAUAAUGUUUUUGAAAUACUUGUAAAUAUGAAUAAUUGCAAUACCUUAUAAAGCAAGUUUCAAAUAUUUCUAUCACAUUAGGGAAGUUCAUGAGGCAUUUUCUAAUGCAUAAGUACAUGUGUAUUUGCUUUAAUGAAAAAUAAAAGUCUCAUUAAACAA